UGUGAGCUCAGCACAACGGCAGCAGCAUAUUCUUGCUGUGUUUUCUCAUUUUGCAAGUGCCAGGCACCCCGCGGUCACAAACAGAGAGCGCGCAAACAAGCGGCUUCGAGAUCAUGGACCCCGAUCGAGAUCAGAUUGAUGAUCAGCACGCAUCCGCAAAUGCAGAGGCGCUUGCAAGCGGGGUGUCGCAGACGGAUAUCGAGCUGCAAUUGCGAGCAAUGCGAGACGACGGCGAGCAAAGCAAUGCGGCCGUGCCGUCGCCCCCCCAUCCUCCUGCCACCCUGUUUCAGCCGGAGUUGCUACCGAGCGCCAAUAUCUCCCGACUGAUGAAAGCGACGCUCCCCGCCACGUCGAAGAUCUCGAGAGAGGCGAAAGAAGCAGUAUCAGAGUGUCUGUCGGAAUUCAUUUGCUUCAUCACCUCGGAGGCAAAUGACCGGUGCAUGGCCGAGAAACGAAAAACGAUCACUGGCGAGCAUAUACUCUGCGCAAUGCGGAUCCUCGGAUUCGACAAUUACGAGAUGGUGUGCAAAGUGUGGCUCAGUAAAUAUCGGCUUGCGCAAGAUGCCAAGCCGCGCGGACGCCAGAAAGCAGCAAGCGUACCAUUGCCGUUGGAGGACAUUGAGUGAAUGCUGGCGAAGUGUCCUUAAGAUAACAUGCAAUCGUCGCUUGCAACCUGGGCAAAAGGCGCAUCGCGUCACCGGCGCAGUGCGGCCGUGAUACGACAGCGUGAUUCUACCAUGAUCGCCUUGUCGCUCGGUCCAUCUAACGGAUGUUCGCCAGAUCAACGCCUCGGCCCGUCGC